GCCUCUACAUGCUGCCAUGUGAUUGGCUGGUUUGAUAUUAGGGCUGUGCUGCUCCUCACAGUUGAAAUGAUGGAGUUGCAUCGGUGAUCCUCAGACAAAAACACAUCUCGGACAGGGCAGGAGAGCAGGGUAGGAGACGCGAACCGAAGCGCGUGAACUCCCGCCAAAUAAUCCUCUGCAGCUCUGAGGCAGACAGCAGAGAGGGGACAGGAAGAGGGAAGUCUGGACAGCUUGGACAGAUGUCUGCAGCUUCAUGACUUUCUGCUGAGUCAUUCUGUGCAGCUCAGCAGCCAGAGAGACGCACGACGUGAACGUGCACGAUGAUUGUGCAGCGCGUAAGCAGAAAGAAACACCGGAGAUGUUCGCGGAGUUCUAGAUGCUCUUUGAUCUUCACGAUGCUCAACCGGGUCACCAGGCGGCCGGAGUGUCGGUCCAGUCCCGUCAGAAGGCCCGCAUGAGGACGGUGUUCACCGACAGCCAGAUCAAACAGCUCGAGGCGCUGUUCGAGCUCACCGACUACCCGGCGAUAGAGGCGCGCGCUGAGCUGGCCAGGAACGCCGGACUGCACGAGGAGACCGUCCGGGUUUGGUUUAAGAACCGCAGGGCCCGGAGGAAGCGGCAGCGCAGCAGCUCCAGGGUGAAAUCCCCCCGACCUUCAUCCCCCAGCCCCGCAGCAGAGAAGAAGCUCUUCACCUCCUUCCUCUGAGCCAGACAUCCCGUCUUCCUCUAAAAGGCACCUGGUUGAUUCCGCGCAGGAAGAUCAGGUAGCUGCGUUUUGCUCAGCGGCACUCCAACAGGACUCACCAGUUAGUCACUCAUGAGACGUUCAAGGACAGCUGUGUGAUUCCAGCUUCUCUUUACUGAGAAGCGGUCUGGUUUUAUGUUGUAUUU